AUGCAACAAGACUGUUGUCCUUACUCGUGCCUUGGCCACCAUCAGACUUAUACUUAUACUUCCAGUCCACGUCGACUACUUAUUUGCUCUCGAAACUCGUUUCACUUUAAGAAUAGGAACAGAGACCUCGUCUUCCGCCUCCGCCUCCGCCUCCGCCCCUCCUACUCAUACCCAGACCCCCCGAGCUGCCCGGGCAGCUCGCCUUCAAGACACUCGAUUGAUUCGUCGUCGCCCUCUCCUGACUCAGUCCUACCCUCCUGCGAAGUCGACGACGAUCCCGCUCUCUCCUUCUCCGCCUCCGUGGCCUCCAACUCGAACUCGUUCCUCCGGGCCGACUCACAACCCGCCUCGAGCCUCCCCCCGCGUCUCCAGCAUCAGACAAGCUCGCUCGUCUCGGCCGAUUACGCCUCAUCCGCUGCCUCGAGCCCUUGUGCAUCUGCCUACGCCGAUCUUUCCAUUGAGAGUGAUCGUGGCGGCGACGAGACUGGCCCGGCCCCAACUUUGGCUUUGGCCAGAAGCCAGUCUCCCUUGCGUCUCUCACACCGAGCUAUCAUGAAUGGCGAUGCAGACCUGCCUCAACGCUCCUCAUCGCCUUUGAAACGACGUGCUUCCAGUAUGGAUCCCGAAAACGAUGCGGAUAGGUCCCGCGAUGUCGACAUGGAUACAUCACAAGCCAAUGAAUCUAUUGAGGGCGCCUCGCAGCUGCCCCCCGAAUCGCUACCUCGUGACAUGAGUGUUGAAGCGCCCGAGCCUACAGCAAAUUCGGCUACUGAUGCUCAUCCUGCGCAGCCAAUUCCUUCGCUGCAAGAACAGAUCAAGAUCAUAGAGACUCUCUUGAAAGCCUAUCAGGAGGCGCAAGUGAAGGAAGGAGACAAGGCCUAUCUCGUCUCCAACACCUGGGUUCAAAAAGCACUCUCAUUGCGUGGCGGCUCCAAGGACAGCAAGGAGGGAGAUCCCACAUCCGACCUUCUCGGCCCUGUCGACAACUCGGAUAUCAUUGGGGGAGUCGUCAGAGAACCUACCGGCAAGGAAUACAUUCGUCUAAAGCAAGGAACUAACGAGAAUGAAUUCACACUCUUCCCCGAGGAUGCUUGGAAGAUGGUUGUCGACUGGUAUGGUGUCAAGAACGAUCAAGAAGCCAUUAUUCGUACUGCUAUCAACACCGCUGAACCUGGCGAAGAGCCCGUCAUUCAGUUCGAGUUCCACCCUCCAGUUUUUACUGUUCACCGUCUGUGGUCUGAAAUUAGCCCACUUCCCAUCGAGCAGUCCCUCAAAGCCAAGAACCCUCCUCCUUACAAGUUUGUCAGAAGUCGCAAAUACCAUGCACAGACGUUUGUCCAGGAGAUCAAGACAGCCACCGGUGUACCGCUAGACCGCAAAAUUCGCUUGUUCAUGGUACCUCAAAUUCAGCAGGUUCCUAGCCCCUCAGAGCCCUCACGAGCCCUCACGCCUCCGGAUUCCCCAGGGCGAACUGACAAUGGAGCUGGCUCUGCAAACACUUGGUCGAAACUUCUCCUCGAUAAUGUUUCAUUUUCUCAAGUCCGUAACCAAAGGGUCAAAUGUAAGCUGGAAGACAAGACCAUUGACCCCAAAUUCAAUGGCAGUUCGAACUUGACCAUGUUCGAUCUCGUGACAGAUCAAACUCUGGUCAUCGAUGAGGCCAUCGACUCCUUCUGGGUUAGCAACUACACAGGGAAAACUCCUCCAAAUGGAUUGGCCAUUCCCACCAGAAGUGGCCUGGCCUCUUCUAAUGCGAGCGGUCGAAGCAGUCCCGCCCCCGGUGGCCCAUUGACACGUGGGCGAACGGGGAGGAAAUCUGGUCGUAGCAUCGGCGUUGUUGGUCUGCAGAAUCUAGGAAACACAUGUUAUAUGAACUCUGCACUUCAGUGCGUACGAAGCGUCGAGGAGUUGACCAAGUACUUCUUGACCAAUGAGUAUCUUGAUGAGGUCAAUAAGACUAACCUCCUGGGAUACAAUGGAAAAGUUGCUAUAACGUAUGGAAAUCUCCUGAAGGAGAUAUAUACGGAGGGUAGGGGCUCUGUGACUCCUCGAGACUUCAAGAAUACGAUCGGCCGUUGCCGGUCGACUUUCUCUGGAUAUGGGCAGCAGGACUCGCAAGAAUUCCUUGGAUUUCUCUUGGAUGCUCUUCAGGAAGACCUGAGUCGUGUGAAGAAGAAACCUUACAUCGAGAAGCCUGACUCUACCGACGACAUGAUCAACAAUCCGGAAGCUAUCAAGGAAAUGGCAGACAAGGUCUGGGACAUAACGCGCCUCCGGGACGACUCAGUCAUUGCCGACCUCUUCACAGGUUUGUAUAAAUCAACACUCAAAUGUCCUGAGUGUGGCAAGAUCAGCAUCACUUUCGACCCUUUCAAUAACCUGACCCUUCCUAUUCCUGUCGAGGACGUAUGGACGGCCAAGGUCAAGUUCUUGCCCCUCAACGAUGUGCCUGUCAUAAUUGAGGUUGAAUUGCCUAAGCAUAGCGCUAUCGAACAGCUCAAGCAGUUCCUCUCCGUCCGAACAGGUGUACCCGUGGAGCGAUUGAUAGGAGGAGAAGAGUACAAGGAUCGUUUCUUCAAGAUUUACGAUAACCCCGUAGAUGUUAGUGAAGAGAUCGCAAAAAAUGAUCUGGCAACCUUCCACGAGUUAGAUGCUGUCCCUACCAACUGGCCGCACAAAGCGAACAAGCCACGCUCCAUGCUGGAUAUCGACACUCCUCUCGAAGCCUCGUGGGAUGACCCGCGGUAUGAGCGGAUAGUGGUACCCGUAUUUCACCGCAUCCCAUCGAACUAUGGUCGUGCUCGGGAUGGCGUGGCUCCCCCAAGCUUCAUCUGCUUCACUAAGGAGGAAGCUUCCGACAUUGACCUCAUUCGACGCAAGAUCCUGGAGAAAAUCUCGAACUUCUCAACUUGGUCCAAGCUCAGGAACAACUUAGAGGAGAACUCUGAUAACGCUGACGGAGAGGUGGUUGCUUCUGCUUCAGAUGCCGACUCGUCUGGCGAUAGUAAGGUUGUUGCCAACUCGGUUGAAGGCGAGGAUGACAUUGUAGAUGUGCAUAUGAAGGACACCAGUGAUGCUCUCCCCCAUCAACCACGGAUUCUGAAGCGAUUCAACAAGAGCCGACCCAAGUUUAUCGACCCAGAUAGCUUCCUCGAACCUGACCUGCAAAACCUCUUCGACCUUUGCUACUUCACAGAUAAAGCUCACUCUGGUGAUGUGCCAACAGGCUGGUCUAACGUCGACCACCAUCAAUUACUCCCUAAGUUGUCGGAUCGCAUCCUUCAGCCGUCACCCGAGGAUGACGAUACCGCCAGUCGCGACGAUGAAAGCAGCACGCCCUCUAAUGAAGAUGCAAGCAGCAACGACGAGAGUAUCAAGGCGGAGAUGACACAAACUAGAAUGGUGGAAGAGUCCAGUGAGGAAGAAGUUCAAGAAGCUCCACGAAAAUUCAAUGGACGUCCCUCAAAAGUAAAAGGACGCAAGCUCAAGGGCCAGAAAUUCAACAAGAAAGCCAACAAGCGCCGAGAACGUAUGCAGAACAAGAAGCACAAGGCGGCCUCUGUCAAGCCCCAGCCUCAACCUCCUGCUGUUGCUGAUGGUGGACCUCUGAUUCGUCUGGGCGAAGGCAUUGUCGUAGACUGGAACGAGGAUGCUUGGGAAAAGGUGUUUGGUGGCUCUGCAAAGACCCCCUCCGAUGAACAAGGAGCUCCAACGUUUAUUGAUCUGGAAACGCUCACGGACCCUGCCCUCAAGGUUGCUCAGAGAAGAAGACAUCAUCGUCGUACACGAGGCAUCAGUCUUGAAGAAUGUUUGGAUGAGUUCGAGAGAGCUGAAGUGCUCUCCGAGCAAGAUAUGUGGUAUUGCCCCCGCUGCAAAGAGCAUCGGCGAGCCAGCAAGAAGUUUGAUCUGUGGAAAUCGCCAGAUAUUCUUGUCGCGCAUCUGAAGCGCUUUAGCAACUCUGGAUGGCGCCGCGACAAGUUGGACGUUAUGGUUGACUUCCCCAUUGAGGGUCUGGACCUUACUUCUAGAGUCAUUCAAAAAGAGGAUGGUAAAGAUGAGAUUUAUGAUUUGAUUGCUGUUGAUGAUCAUUACGGUGGUCUUGGUGGAGGUCAUUACACUGCCUACGCCAAGAACUUUGUCGAUGGGCGAUGGUAUAACUAUAAUGAUUCGUCUGCAAGCCCUGUGUCUGACCCUUCAACAUGCAUUACAUCGGCCGCAUACCUAUUGUUUUACCGUCGCCGCUCGAGUACCCCUUUAGGCGGAUCGCGGUUCGGAGUCAUCUCUGAGAAAUACAAGAACAGCGAAGAAAAUUCUGAAGAAGAAGAAGGCGGGGCGGGGGAAGGUCAGCGUCUCGGCGAGGGUUCCUCCCUGAAUGGGUUGUCGAGCGCUGGGAUCGGAGCCGCAGCAACUCGCCAUCUCGGCGGUCGUGGUUCGGAUAGAGUCACCGUCACCUCUUUAGCUGGACCAGACGACGAAGACGAAGAUCCUCCUCCGUACGGUGGACCUAACGGAAUAGAGAGCAUCCAGAGUAGCGUCGAGGACGAGGGUGUAGAUGUCAAUGGAAGCUACCAAUGCCUGGAUAACAAGUCACUCAACCUCGUCCAGGGUUGGAACUUUGAGGGCCUGGGCGAUAGCGGUGCCGAAGACUCUACGGGUGCCGACAUUGGCUCUGAUGAUGUCCAGUUGGACUCUUCAGCUGAUGAGCGUGGCCUCAGCCAGUUUGAUGACCACGACACAAUCAUGACAGGACAGGAUCCUGUUGAGGGCGAAUCUGAGCCUGUCGCUCCUCAAAAGACGCUUCUUACAGACACCCAGAAGUCUACAUGGGGCCGCAAAGAUGUGAUCGAUGUGCAAACCGCGGCAGGGAGCGACAGAGAUUCGAACGAGGUGGCCGAGAUCCAUCUUGAAAACGAGAAGGGAACCAAGGCCGAGUAGGACGGCUGUCCAACGUUGAACAACAAGCGGCCCAAAGUCAUGAUGACAUAUGGUAGACGAGAUACGAGAAAACGGCUAAAUGUGCAUGAGAUGAUGACCCGGGCCGAACAAACAUGUGAAUGGCAUGUUGACGUUGAUGGGGGAGAAGUAGAUAGAAAGAGGCGGCGAGAGAAAUAGAUGGUACAUAUCGCCACGCAUCUCGCAUGAGGUUGAAGGGUAAAACACGGCGUUGGGUUUUGUUUUGCAUCAAGCAUGUUCAGUUGAAUGGACUUGACGAAGUCAAAGCAGAGGAUGUCUCAUCUAUACAUGUAGUUCAAGCAGUAGUCAUAAAUGAUAGACAUUCUUCCUCAGACUCUCAUGACUGGCGAUACACGAUUUGAUAUGCGUCACUACCCUCGCCAACUUUAG